CCAGCCCCCAGUCGCAGCUGCCCUAGCCCCGUGCCUCUGCCCGCCGCAGGGUCCCCUAGCCGCGGCCCAGCCCGCGCCCCCGGUGCGCCCAUCUCAUUGGCUGAAGGCAUCCCCCCUGAAUUCUCAUAGGCUGCCCCACUUUUCCUCCGCCCCCCCGCACGGACCGCGCGCCGCCAGAGCCGGGGAAGCUGCUCUAAGUCCGGGCCUGGGCGCCGGGGCUCGGCUCUGCUCCGCGCUGCGAGAGGAGCGGGGCGCGGGGGCCCGGGACCGCUGUUCCCACCCGGGGACGCUCUUGCGGAGCCGAGCCCGGCAAAUGGGCGCACGAGGAAGAGAGCAGGGAAAUGGACUGCUAUUUGCGCCGCCUCAAACAGGAGCUGAUGUCCAUGAAGGAGGUGGGUGAUGGCCUCCAGGAUCAGAUGAACAGCAUGAUGGGGGCACUGCAAGAACUGAAGCUUCUCCAGGUGCAGGCGGCACUGGAACAGCUGGAGAUCUCCGGAGGGAGUCCGGCCCGGGGCUGUACAGAAAGCCCCCAGACGCAGCCCGAGCCCCCUCCAUGGGAGGGUGGCAGAGGCCCUGCCAGGCCUUCAGCCUGCUCCCCUUCCAACCAACCUUCUCUGAGCGCCAAGUGUACAUCCCAGAGGAGUGUCUGCGGGCGGGAUCUGGACCCCCUGGCCAGGGCACAGCUACCAGAGCAUGGAAGCGGGGCCCGGCCGGGGCCAGAGCCGGUGGAACCGGAAGACUGGACCUCCACGUUGAUGUCCCGGGGCCGAAACCGCCAACCUCUGGUGCUGGGCGACAACGUUUUUGCGGACCUCGUGGGCAACUGGUUGGACUUGCCAGAACUGGAGAAGGGUGGGGAGAAAGGAGAGGCGGGGGAGCCCAAAGGGGAGAAGGGCCCGCCCCGGGAGCUGGGCCGCAGGUUUGCCCUCACGGCAAACAUCUUUAGGAAAUUCUUGCGCAGUGUGCGGCCUGACCGAGACAGGCUGCUGAAGGAGAAGCCGGGCUGGGUGACGCCCACAGCCUCGGAGCCCAGGGCAGCCCGCUCACACAAAGUCAAGAAGCGGAGCCAUUCCAAGGGCUCUGGACGUUUCCCUUUCUCAGGCCCUGCAGAGCCCAGAAGGGGGGAAAGUCCUUCCACAAGCUGCCCCAAGGCCCUGGAACCUUCACCUUCUGGCUUUGAUAUUAACACAGCUGUUUGGGUCUGAGUCCUAGAGACAGAAAGUUGACUGAACCCAACGGGCCCAGGUGUCAGUGCUGGGCCCUGGGAAGAUGCCAUGUGGGCACUGUGGCUUUCUAAAGCCUGACUCCGAGUUCCUUUCCUUGAGAAAGGAGGGAGAAGCAGCAAGAGUGUCUGGAGUAGGGCUGACAGGUGUGUGGCUGAGAGAGGCCGUGGUGGGGGCUGGCUGGUGGGAGGGGAGGGCUCCUAGACUGAAAGAGAGACACAGAGAGAGAGAGACAAGUGCUCACUUUGGGGCUGCAGGUGACAAUGACUGGCAGGGAGAGGAGACCAGGCAAUCCUGACAUUCCUUCAGGGCCCCCAAAGACCUCAGCUGAACAUUCUGUUUGGAUCAGGGCACUGGGGUCUCAGGCUUCCCCAAAGAGGCCCCCAGUAAAGACCUAUCUUUUGUGGUCUCACCCUUAUAACCAUUGGCUUCCUUGGCGAAGCACUGCCCCAGGCACAGGCAUGAAAUCCAGGCCCUGCUGGAACUGGGAUCAACAGAGAGGAACCUCCCACCCCCACCCCUGUUGCCUAAAUUUAAGAUUUCAGCCCAUUCAGCUCGGUCCUGACAAAUGGGCUGAAUAAGGAGUGUACCUAUAGGAGGGCUUGAGGUAGCCCCAUGUUUUUUCAAAAGCACAGGAAAGAUACUGGUAAAGCACUUUAAAUGUUGGAAAGCCUUUUCAUAUCCACUGUCUCCUUUGGAGUAAGCAAGGAGGGCAGUUAUUAUCCCAUUUUCCAGGGAAGGAAGCCAGCCUUGAUAUGCCACCUGCGGGCAGGAGGCAGGCCAGUGCAGGGCUGGCCAGAAGGGCAGCCGCUGGGCCUUGGAGUCCCACGCGCGCCUUCCCCAGCACCCCGCCUCCAGCACCAAACCCGCAUUUGGACACAGCCCACGGAGGUCCCCCAGCAAGGCGAAGGUGCGCCCCGUCGAAUCGCGCCCUUAGUUUUGGAUUCCUAGCCUCAUCUCCGCGGCCUCCCUCCGUCCUGGACGCGGAGGCCCCAGUCUCGCCGGACCAGACCGCCGGCGGCGGCGGCAAAGGGGAAGGGCAGGGCGGGCGGCAGCUCCGCUCCGAGCCCGCCCGGGGCGCCUAGAGUUUUCCUGGAGGGGCGCACGUGGCCCUCCGCGCUCCCCGGGGAGCUGCCGGGCUCCCAGCCCGCCGGGAACGCCCGCUGGCUGGGAAGAGACAAUGUGGCUCUCUGUUUGGGCCGGGCCCGCCCUGCAAGCCCUCCCUUCGCCCCUCCCAGCUGAGCUCCCCUCCGCCUGAUGGGGGGUGACAGCUGCAAUUAGAGGCAAGCCGCCUUCCCGCCCUCGGAGCAUUAACAGCAAAUUGGAGGAGAAAAAUAACAAGAAAGGCUCUUCCUGCAUCCUGGACCCCUGGAGACUGAGAUGGAGGAGGGAGGAGGCUUAGGACAGCAGCUCCACCGCUGGGGUCGGGGCCAGUGAGGGCCACUCUCAGAUCCCCACUCAGUCCCAUGGGAGAUGCUUAGUUCUUGGUGGCGGAGGCUACCAGACAGAAGGUGCUAUUUUUAUUUAUUUUCUCCAGUGCUCGCUUUUUGCCAGGCAGUGUGCAGAACCAUGCCUUUCAAACUGCAGAAUGACCCUCUGAAGGGUUGCCUUCCCAGUAGAUGGGUGGAAGCCCUUAGGGGUCAUCCAGGCUCCCCAGAUGGGGCUUUUUUAGUGAAUGGAAGAACCACGAUUUGAAACAGGAUUGUCCAGCUGCAAAACGGCCUUUUCUACUCUCCCUGGAGUUUGCCGGGUGAGCCAGCCCUUUCUGGAAGAGCGAGACCCUGCUUAUCCUUCCUGUCUCCCCAGGAAACUGGGGGAGUUCAGUGCUGGGGGAAAGCCCACCAGUUGUGGCUGCCUUGCUGGGGGUGGGGCGGUGCGUGUGGGUUCAAGUGUGUGUGUGUGUGUGUGUGUGUGUGUGUGUGUGAGAGAGAGAGAGAGAGAGAGAGAGAAGAUUCUUCCCACUGGGCCGUGGUGAAGUCACCGAGCUCUCCAUCCAGAAUGAUUCCACAGGAAACCAGGUCCCCUCUUGGCCAUUCAUCUGUGACUCAUCUGUUCUGUGGAAGGGUCAUCACAAUCCAGACCCAUUUAACAAAACUUUGUUGAACAUCUCCCAAUGCCAGGCACUGAGACAGGACCUAAAAGCAGCAAGGAAUAGGACCCGGCUCCCAGCCCAAGGGGUUCAGUGAGAAGAAGCAACUCCCAACCCAUCGGUUGGCCAGAAGGGUUCCAAGGGCAUGACAACUCACUUUAACUCGGAGCCAGAACAAAACAGGAGUGACAUUUGCCGCCAACAGAACUCACAGGCAUCAGGCACCCGCCGUCUUCGCAUUCUUAUUUCCUUCUCAACCACACUCUGGGAGUGGCUGCUGGUCCUCUCACUGUACAUGGAGAUGCUCAGAGAAGUCAAGCAACUUGCCCAAGGUCACCGCAGCAGAGCUGGGAUUGAAACGGUCCCGAUGGACUUCCAGCCUUGUGUUUUUCGCACUAUCCCAUGAAGUGUCCCUUUCUGCUCCAAAAGCCAAGUCAAGAGGAACAACAACAAAACCUGUCCUCCCCAUAUUAUCCAUGCAUGGAUAAUAAAUGGAAUGCUCACUGUC